ACUAAGUCUAUAUAAAGCUGCAGGUAGAAAGUAAAGUUGAUUUUUCAACAUUGUGGAGGGGAGAGCAACUCCAGGAGCCAAUUCUUUACUGAAAGUGAUAUUAUCCGUUGUGAAACGAAAAUCAAUAAUUCAAAAUGGCACAGUUUGGAGGGACUCCAAUGGUUAUAAUGACCCAGCCUGCUGCCGCAUCGAAAAGGGAAUGGAACUCUGGACUGUUAAGCUGUUGUGAUGAUGUGGGAAUAUGUUGCUGUGGUCUAUUCUGUCUACCUUGUUUAGGCUGUCAAGUUGCAGGGAGUAUGGGUGAAUGUUGUCUCUGCGGUACCUCCAUGGCGAUGAGAACUCUCGUCAGAACAACAUAUAACAUUUCGGGAUCCCUUUGCAAAGAUUUCUGUGCAACCGCAUUUUGCCUCCCAUGCUCUGUUUGCCAAAUUAAAAGAGAAAUUAAUUAUGCAAGAUGAGGUUGCUUAGAGGUUUUCUGGAUAUAUUACACAUUGUGUGGCAGGUAUGACCUUUAUUUAUCAUAAUCCAUCUAAUACAAAAUGAAGACUGACAGAAAGUGCAACAGAAGAAAACAAAUUGAAAAUUAGCAGAUUAAAUUUCAUUUAAUUUUUGUGAAGCCAUUACCCUGUGAUCUGAAGUUUUUUUGCCAGAGUAACACAACACCAGAUUGCCAAUGAUGUUCAAAUUGAAUGAUAUACAGAUCAAAAGGGGAGAUUAUUAUAACUUUUGGUGAAGUGAGCUGUUCCAUCAAUGUUAUAGAAGGAAACAGACUAUCCAAAACCAGAAUGAUCCAAAUUGGAAAAAAUUCAAAUGGUAGUGAAUGUACCCAGAAAAGCUCAGACUUCAAAUGUAGAAUUCACCUCUUUGUGGCAGUUUCUAAAUCUGCAAUUUUCUAGCAAUAUUUUACAUGAAUGUUCUAAAUCUGAAACUUUAAUAAAAUGAAGAUCUUUUGUU